UGGGGUGCUGAGGUGUCCCUUUGAAAGAAUGUGACGUGGAAACACUAGAGAGGGGAACCUAAGGCGGGCCAAAAGGUCGGAAAAAGUUGGACAGAGGGGGAAUCUCAAGAUGGGUAGCGAUAAAUACAGCAUGCAUCUCGAUCGUCUAGACAUGCGCCACUCAGCGGCUCAGCGGAUGGCCGUGCGGUCUAUCUUCCAGCAUCUGAAGGCGUCAUCAGAUCCCGACAGACCUGAGGAGUUUGAGUCGGGACGGGCCGCGGCGCGGGCAUGUCUGACUCACAAGAACCCUUCUGUCGUCGACGAAGCUGUGCGCAACUUGUGUGAUCUUGCGCAGUCGGAGAGAUUGGAGAAGUUGGGAUGGGGAGGGGGAGGUGAUUUCUGCGAGUUCUGUCUCUCUGAGCUGCUUGUUGCUUUAGCCGGCGGGGUCGGAGAUGCAUCCCGACUUGCAGAUUCAUCGAUCAUUCGUGGCAUCGGUUUCGUUGUGCGGCUGCAAUUGUCGAGAAAAACAUGGGCAGAUGCAUCCCAACUUGCAGAUUCAUCAUCGGCCCCAGCGGACCCCAGCAGCAGAGAUUAUCACCGGGAGAGGAAAUACGAGCUGCCAGCUGAACGCGCCGUGAUGUCUGCAUCUAGUCAUCCUUUCUGGAAGGUCUUGAGCUCGAGGCCAGAAGGGCAGAAAGAAUUGCUCAGGCAGGUCGCUCUCGUGCUGAUCAAAGCGCCGUCGCCGCACCAUAUGGAUGCCGUUCUAUACCUUCUUCCUUUUCUGCUGCAGUGCUUUCUUGAACAAUCCACUCAGAUAAGUGCAAAAGGCACUUUCGUGCGCGGUCUGCAAGAGCUGCUUGCAAGCUUGGCCCUCUCAUCCAAAUAUCCUCCCCUUUCAAGGUCAAUUUUCCACCUUCUCCUGCUGCAUUUGCCGCUCUACGACAUCAGCGUCACACAGUCACGUAUUGCAGCAUUGGCAGGUGCAGAAGAUGUGGUGGAGAUUCUUGGGGCCAUGCUGGAGCACUCCCACCAAGUUACUAAGAGCGGAGCGGAGCCGGCAGUCUUGACCGAGGUGGAGAGGGAGAGUUCAUAUGUCGAGAAUAGGAACGCCACGACACAGGGAAGGCUACAACAGCAUUCGCAGGAUGCGCAGACAACUUUCUUGUUGAAGUCAACAACUGCCAUGGUGGUUGGACUGUGCCAUGAGCUGGCAAAGCAGUCACAGCCAUUGAUUCCCGGACUGCUGAUCUUGAAGCGAACGACGCAGCUCUGUCUGCAGCACAGUGCAGGUGCUGGUGCGGGAUUUGCCGUGCAUAUCCCCACACUCUGCGCUCUGCUGCUAUACAACGAAGAUCAAGACGAACAAGUUUUGCUGUUGACAUUGAUACGCUGGUGGUUGUCGUCACUGACGCAGAGGCGCGCAAUGAUUCCUGUCAAAUCUGUUGAUCCGACGGUUGUCGAUGUCCGGGCUCCUCCUCCGUUGCCGCGGUCGGACGAAGAAGCGACUGCCGUUUCAGCCUCACAAGAGCUUCUGAUCGGCUCGUUGCUGUCGGUCUUCCCUUGCCUACAUCUUAUGACAAUGCCUUCGGAAAGUGUUCGUCAAGCAGCGUUGGCCCUGUUGAGUGAAGCGGAAAAAGUCUUCACCGAUCAGGAGCUUGUGACAAAGCUCUGCAAGCAUAGUCGCCGGCCAGACAAGGCCUCGCAGAGUGAAAUGGAGACGGCAGAGAUUGUCGUGCCAAACUGUGGGCGAACCCUUGGCGCCGUACUUGCUGAGCUGGUUAAUACAGUGUGGCUCGGAAAGGUGGCACUUCUCUCCGCACUGCCGGCAUUUGCCGGCCACAGUGUUGUGGUGGGGCCUACUUUGCAAGUUCUGCAGCCGCUUCAAUGUCACCAAUCCAAGUUUAUGAAGGUGAUGGGCCUCCGACUGCUUUGCCGCGUUUGGCAGAUUUCUGACAAGGCAUUCCCAUGCCUGCAGGAGCUGUUAGUCCACAAGACCCCUAUGGGUUAUCGCUCUGACGAUCCAGAGCAGGGAAUAGCACGAGCGGCUUGUAUUCGGGAUGUCUGCAAAAAGAGUUCUCACAGAGGGAUCGAGCUUGUCCUUGCCAUACAGGGUUGCAUCGAGGAUCGAUCCUGUCCGUCCAUUGUUGCUCUCGGAUUGGACGCUCUGGCUCACCUUUGCCACGACGAUGCAAUAGACUUCUACACGGCGUGGCGAGUAAUCUCGAAGACGAUUCCGUCUUUGCCAUGGGAUCCAAUCAUUGCCCCAAGCUUUUGCAAAUUCAUGAGAUAUGGAGCAAUGGACGCCGCUGCCUACCCUUAUCUAGCCCAGAGGGUUCUUCAGCUAUUAUUUGAAGCCGCUUCACGGAGGGAAAAGUUUAACAUUGUUGAAGUAUUGCACCCUGUCAAGUCAAGGGAGUACGCGCGGUUCCUCUUAACGGAGACCUCGGCGGCCGCACAGGAGGCGUGUGAGUCGCUUGUCAUCAAAGCGCUGACCUUCGACCACAGAUUUGGUCCGCUGCCAUUGGAGGGGGCAACAGCACAGGAUGGCAAUUUCUCCAUGCCCUCAUUAUCCCCGCCCAUAUUCCUUGCGGCAGAUGCCUUCGCAAGUACGCCGGGUUUUGGGCUGCUAUCCAGAGGCAUCGCAGAUCAGUCCAAUCCCAGGCUGUAAACAAUGUAUACUCCGCAAACUGGCUCCAUGGUCUCAAACGGUCCUUGGAAAAUUGCCCAGGGGACCAAUCUAGGUAGCACGGCUGCCAUUUGACAGUUCGGGUCCAAAAUUGCCAGUCCACCUGUUCUUUUAGGCUGGGUCACAACUUCCCAAGCAACCUUUGGCAAGAUUGAAGCUGUCGAGUUAUCCUCUUUCCACAAAUAAUGUGUGGCCAAUUUCGUGAUGAGUCUGAUGGCACUAUAAGCCGGGUCAUCGAGUUGAUAAAGUGCUCUUUGAAAC